AUGGAACGCUUACAUCUGGGUGAUUUACCAAAUCUGAAACGUUUUUCUUUGUCCUGUAAUGUUACAGCAUUGUAUUACAAUGAAUUGGUUCUACUACGUCUCUAUCAAAUGUCGAAUCUACAAGAACGAUUGUAUACCUCAUCGCCGAAAGUGAGAUCGCCGAAAGCUCAAAUCGCCGAAACUCGCGCCGAAACGAACAUUACCGAAAAGCAAGAUCGCCGAAAUCAACAUCACCGAAAUACAGAUUAUCGAUAUGAAAUUCGACGAAAUGCUGAUCGCUAA